UGGUGGUUAUUUGGCAAACCCAUUCCGCUGUGCUUCCCGGGCUGGUCAGGAGUCCAGCAGCAGGGCUUGAUCGAUAAGCUCCACUGCCUGCGUGAGCCAGCUCCCCGUCCGCACGGGGAGAGGAGCCCACUUUGGGAUUGUGUGGUUGUGAAUGAAGCCAGCAAGCCCAGGGCAGGGGAUGCCGUGGGCACCCAUCCAGCCCUGGCUCGGUCAGUGAACAGGUGGCCUGUUCCCGGCCGGGAGGGUAACAGGCGAGCUGCCUUUGUUACCUUGAGCUUUCCCUUGAGCCCAUUCAGGCUCCUCAGACCACGUGUCUGAUGAGUAAGGAGUCCUUUUAUUUCCCUCCCGCACUGGGACCAUUGGCAAAACAGCCCUCCCCGGGAACGUGCCUGUUGGCGAAGACCUGCCCUCUCUUGGGGAGCUCCGCCGGCUGUGUUCCUGCGGCUGCUGAAUGAGUCGCUGCUGGGAGCUGGCGCGGCAGGUUCCCGUUUCCGCAUUCCAGACACCCCGGCCGGGGAGGCGCCACCCACCCAACGGCGAGGGCGAGGCCGAGGGCGGCCUGCUGAGCGCAGGCAGGUGGCCUUGGCCUGGAGGAGACCUGGGAUGGGAGCUGAGAGCCUGGAGCUCCCCUCACGGUCACCCGGCUGCCUUUGAUCCGCGCUGUGCUCAGGACGUGUUCCAAUGUACCGUCUUUGACCUUGGCUCUCAGAGGACCCUCGAGGAGAACUAGUGUCCAGAACCUACUAAGGCAUGGCAGGGAAGGCACCCCUGCAGCCUGCCAGCCCUCCAGCACACCUGCCGCUUACCCUUCCCCGCUGAGCCACUCAGCCUGGAGCCCCCGGGGCAGCACCUGCCUCGUGAGGUUGUCCUGGCUCAGCUGUCCACAGCUAUGGUGGAGAACUGGACCCCACAAGCUCAUAACCUUCCCAUCAGGCUUCAGGGGCCGGCAUCCUUCAUCCUGGGACUGGUGGCCCUGAACAAUGGCUGAGGGCCAGGGGACCCCUUAAAGGUAGUCUACAGCUUUCAGGGGCCAGUAGCACUCCAGCGGCCGUGGACUAUGACCGCCUAUCGGCCCAUUCCCAACGAUGGUGUAGACCUGGCAGCCAGCUGUGGGGCCAGGGCGGCUGACGUCCUCCCGGGGCCCCACACAGCGGACUACACUCCCAUGGGAUUCUGGGUCCAGAACGGCAGCAUGCCCCAGCCGGUGGGGGAGAGCCCGGCCGGCGCCCCCACCCGCCCCAGCCCCACCACCCCCGCAGUGCCCAAGAUGGGCGUGCGCGCAAGAGUGGCCGACUGGCCGCCCAAGCGGGAGGCCCUGAGAGAGCAGAACAACCCGAGCCCCUCACAGGACGCCGAUGGCACGAAGGCCGCAAAGGCGGCCCAUUCCAUGAGGGGAAUACAGAACGGACAGCCCCCCGCCAGCACCCCGGCUUCCUCAGGGCCCAAAGCCUUCCACCGACUGUCCAGGAGAAGGUCUAAAGAUGUGGAAUUCCAGGACGGGUGGCCCCGGUCCCCGGGCAGGGCCUUCCUCCCCCUGCGGCACCGCAGCAGCAGCGAGAUCACCCUCAGCGAGUGCGACGCGGAGGACACUGUCGAGCCCCGGGGGACCCGGCAUCCGGGGGCGCUGCCGCUCUUCCGCGAGUACGGGAGCACGUCCUCCAUCGACGUGCAGGGCGUGCCCGAGCAGAGUUUCUUCGACAUCCUCAACGAAUUCCGCAGCGAGCAGCCCGAGACCCUUGGCGCCGCGACCCUCGCAGGGCUCCUCCGGGCCGAGCCUGGCUCGCACCUGGCGGGGGGCGGCAGCGGAGCCAAGGGGGACGCCCGCAACGGGCAGCCCGCGAAGGACAGCCUGCUGCCGCUGCCGCCCGCCAAGGAGAAGGAGAAAGCCCGGAAGAAGCCCGCGCGCGGCCUGGGCGGCGGGGACGCGGUGGACUCGUCCAUCUUCCGGAAGCUGCGGAGCAGUAAAGCCGAGGGCGAGGCGGCCCGCUGCCCCGGGGAGGCCGAGGAGGGCCGGAGCCCGCCGGAGGCCAGCCGGCCAUGGGUCUGCCAGAAGAGCUUCACCCACUUCGACGUGCAGAGCAUGCUGUUCGACCUCAACGAGGCGGCCGCCAACCGGGCGUCCACGGCCCAGCGGCGGAACACGACCACGGGGGCCUCGGCCGCCUCCGCCACGGCGUCCCUGACGGCGUCGCGGGCCCACAGCCUCGGCGCCCUGGACCCCGCCUUCACCAGCACCGAGGACUUGAACUGCAAGGAGAACCUGGAGCAGGACCUCGGCGACGACAACAGCAACGACCUGCUGCUCAGCUGUCCGCACUUUCGCAAUGAGAUCGGAGGCGAGUGUGAGCGCAACGUGAGCUUCUCUCGAGCGGCCGCGGGCUCCCCGGUCGGAGGUGGAGGUGGUGGUGGCGGCGGCGGCGGCGAGGGCCGCCCGCAGGAGCCUGCCCUGAGCUCCUACCGCACCAACGCCAGCAUCUCCGUGCUGGAGGUGCCCAAGGAGCAGCAGAGGACGCAGAGUCGCCCGAGGCAGUACAGCAUCGAGCACGUGGACCUGGGCGCCCGCUACUACCAGGACUACUUCGUGGGCAAAGAGCAUGCCAAUUACUUUGGCGUGGACGAGAAGCUGGGGCCAGUGGCUGUGAGCAUCAAGCGGGAGAAGCUAGAGGACCACAAGGACCAUGGGCCUCAGUACCAAUACCGGAUCAUCUUCCGGACCCGAGAGCUCAUCACCCUGCGGGGCUCCAUCCUGGAGGACGCCACCCCCACGGCCACGAAGCACGGCACUGGGCGGGGCCUACCCCUGAAGGACGCCCUGGAAUAUGUCAUCCCUGAGCUCAACAUCCACUGCCUGCGGCUGGCUCUCAACACUCCCAAGGUGACGGAGCAGCUGCUGAAGCUCGACGAGCAAGGGCUCUGCCGGAAACACAAGGUGGGCAUCCUCUACUGCAAGGCCGGCCAGAGCUCGGAGGAGGAGAUGUACAACAACGAGGAGGCGGGGCCGGCCUUCGAGGAGUUCCUCUGCCUCCUCGGGGAGAAGGUCUGCCUGAAGGGCUUCACCAAGUAUGCCGCCCAGCUGGAUGUCAAGACCGACUCCACGGGAACCCACUCCCUCUACACGACGUACCAGGACUACGAGAUCAUGUUCCACGUUUCCACCCUGCUCCCUUAUACCCCCAACAACAGGCAGCAGCUGCUGAGGAAGAGGCACAUAGGAAACGACAUCGUGACCAUCAUCUUCCAGGAGCCUGGGGCGCUGCCUUUCACCCCCAAGAACAUCCGCUCGCAUUUUCAGCAUGUCUUCAUCAUCGUCCGAGCCCACAACCCUUGCACCGAUAACGUCUGCUACAGUAUGGCUGUGACCCGAUCCAAAGACGCGCCUCCUUUUGGCCCCCCCAUCCCCAGUGGAACCAAAUUCCGCAAAUCUGACGUCUUCAGAGACUUCUUGCUGGCCAAGGUGAUUAACGCCGAGAAUGCCGCGCACAAGUCCGACAAGUUCCACACCAUGGCCACCAGGACCCGCCAGGAAUACCUCAAGGACCUGGCUGAAAACUGUGUCUCCAACACACCCAUCGACUCCACCGGCAAGUUCAACCUCAUCGCCCUGACCUCCAAGAAGAAGGAGAAGACAAAAGCCCGGGCAGGUGCCGAGCAGUACAGUGCCGGGGCCAUCGCCUGGAGGGUGGCGGCUCAGGACUAUGCCCAGGGGGUGGAAAUUGACUGCAUUUUGGGAAUUUCCAACGAGUUCGUGGUGCUCCUGGACUUGCGCACCAAGGAGGUGGUGUUCAACUGCUACUGCGGGGAUGUCAUCGGCUGGACCCCGGACGCCGCGACGCUCAAAAUCUUCUAUGGGCGAGGGGACCAUAUCUUCCUGCAGGCCGCCGAGGGCUCCGUGGAGGACAUACGGGAAAUUGUCCAGAGGCUGAAGGUGAUGACCAACGGCUGGGAGACGGUGGACAUGACCCUGCGGCGGAACGGGCUCGGGCAGCUGGGCUUCCACGUGAAGUACGACGGGACUGUGGCCGAGGUGGAGGACUACGGGUUUGCCUGGCAGGCCGGGCUCCGGCAGGGCAGCCGCCUGGUGGAGAUCUGCAAGGUGGCCGUGGUCACCUUGACCCACGACCAGAUGAUCGACCUGCUGCGCACGUCCGUCACCGUCAAGGUGGUCAUCAUCCCGCCUUUCGACGACGGCACGCCCCGCAGGGGGUGGCCGGAGACCUAUGACAUGAAUACCUCGGAGCCCAAGACCGAGCCGGAGAGCCUGGCCCCGGGGGGCCGGCCCCCCUACCGCAGCAAUGCUCCCUGGCAGUGGAGCGGGCCCGCGUCCCACAACUCGCUACCUGCCUCCAAGUGGGCGGCGCCCGCCACCCCCGGCCACGCCCAGUCCCUGAGCCGGCCCCCGAAGCAGACCCCCAUGGUCCCCUUCCGGGAGUCCCAGCCCCUGCACAGCAAGAGGCCCGUCAGCUUCCCCGAAACCCCUUACACGGCGUCACCAGCAGGGGCCGACAAAGUCCCUCCCUACCGGCAGCCUUCUGGGAGCUUCUCCACCCCUGGCUCCGCCACCUACGCAAGAUACAAGCCAUCCCCAGAAAGGUACGCAGCCGCCCCGCACCCGCUGCUGUCUUUUGAUCCCCACUUCAGCCACGAUGCGACGUCCAGUGGCGACUCCUCCUCAGGCGGCUUGACCAGCCAGGAGAGCACCAUGGAGCGCCAGAAGCCAGAGCCUUUGUGGCAUGUGCCUGCCCAGGCCCGGCUCUCAGCCAUGGUCGGAAGCAGCGGGAGCAAGCACACCUCCAGGCAGGACGCAGCAGGCAAAGAUUCCCCCAACAGGCAUUCCAAAGGCGAGCCUCAGUACUCCAGUCAUUCCAGCAGCAAUACCCUCUCCAGCAAUGCGUCCAGCAGCCACAGUGACGAUCGCUGGUUCGACCCGCUGGACCCCCUGGAGCCAGAGCAAGACCCUCUCUCCAAGGGCGGCUCCAGCGACAGCGGCAUUGACACCACCCUCUACACCUCCAGCCCCAGCUGCAUGUCCUUGGCCAAGACGCCUCGGCCGGCCAAGCCGCACAAGCCCCCAGGAAGUAUAGGUCUUUGUGGGGGCGGGCGCGAGGCUGCCGGACGGCCCUACCAUGCAGACCGGCGACGAGAGGUCUCCCCUGCCCCUGGGGUCCCUGGCCAGAACAAGGGCUACAGACCGAAGCUGUACUCCUCAGGUUCCAGCACCCCUACAGGCCUGGCUGGUGGCAGCCGCGACCCACCGAGGCAGCCCAGCGACAUGAGCUCUAGGGCCGGCUACCCCGCUCAGGUUCACAAGACGGCCAGCGCAGAGACCCCGCGGCCUGCACAGCUGGCCCAGCCCAGCGCCUUCCAGCUCUCCGCCUCAGUCCCCAAGUCCUUCUUCUCCAAGCAGCCCGUGCGCAACAAGCACCCAGCAGGGUGGAAGAGAACAGACGAGCCCCCGCCACGGCCACUCCCCUUCACCGACCCAAAGAAGCAGGUGGACAGCAACACGAAAAACGUCUUUGGUCAGCCGAGGCUGAGGGCCUCCCUCCGAGACCUCCGCUCCCCGCGGAAGAACUACAAGUCCACCAUCGAGGACGACCUGAAGAAGCUCAUCAUCAUGGACAACCUGCCGCCCGAGCAGGAGAGAGACGCCGGCCAGUCACCACAGAAGAGCCUGCAGAGGACGCUGUCGGACGAGAGUCUGUGCAGCGGGCGUCGGGAGCCCAGCUUCGCCAAUCCUGCCAGCCUGGAGCCGGGCCUGCCCAGUGACGUGCUCUUCACCAGCACCUGCGCCUUCCCCUCCAGCACGCUGCCCGCCCGCCGCCAGCACCAGCACCCCCACCCGCCCGGCGGCUCCAGCACCGGCCCUGCCGCCGCCGCCGCCCCUGCCGGCAACGGCUUCCCAGAGAAGAAACCCACCAUCUCCACCUCCGAGCUCUCACUGGCCGAUGGGCGGGACCGGCCGCUGCGGCGCCUGGACCCAGGCAUGAUGCCGCUGCCGGACACGGCUGCCGGCCUCGAGUGGUCCAGCCUGGUCAACGCAGCCAAGGCGUACGAAGUGCAACGAGCCGUGUCACUCUUCUCUCUCAACGACCCAGCUCUGAGCCCAGACAUCCCGCCUGCACACAGUCCCGUCCACAGCCACCUGAGCCUGGAGAGGGGGCCCCUGACCCCCAGGACCACCCCUACCAUGAGUGAGGAACCACCCCUGGAUCUGACAGGCAAGGUGUACCAGCUGGAAGUGAUGCUCAAACAGCUGCACACGGACCUCCAGAAGGAGAAGCAGGACAAGGCAGUGCUGCAGUCCGAGGUGGCCAGCCUGCGGCAGAACAACCAGCGGUUGCAGGAGGAGUCACAGGCCGCCAGCGAGCAGCUGCGCAAGUUCGCCGAGAUCUUCUGCAGGGAAAAGAAAGAACUCUGAGGGGGCGAGGCCGCCACCCCCGGCCCUCCGCCUGGGCAGGCCGAGGGCUCCUGCGCUCCUCUCCCUCAGCCCGGCCUCCAGCGGACCCGCCAGCCCGGGCCCCAGCGCCCCCCGGUGGACACGGACACCCAGGGCGGCGGCGGUGGCACCCGAGAGAGGCCUCCCCGGGGCUGGGGCUGGGAGCCGGGGUCUGCCCGCAGCCCUGGAGCCCCAGCGAGGGCGACCUGUCUGCAGCCUCCCACCGAGCUGCCCGUCUGUGGGCCCUGGGGGCUGGGCCAGGCCCACUCUGCCCGGGGCCUGUCCUCCCAUCCCCAGGCGGCCUCUUCCCAGGAGCCAGCCCGACGGAAGCUGCAGGAACGGAGUGGAGGGCAGGAGCGCGUCUCCAGGCCCCACAGCUCCUGGACGUCACAAACCAGCUUUCCCCACCACAGCUGACAGCGUCUGGGUUUGUGGGGCCGAGACCCCUGCAUGAAAAAUCAGUGAGCGGUCGGGCCAGCGCGGCAGCGGCCCCAGGCUUUCGGGCCUGGUGCGCUGGCUCCAAAAGCAUGGACAUAGUCCCCUCCCAAAAAGCAACCAGAAGCACUUUCUUAGAGUUUCAAUUGUUCUCUUGGGGGGGCGGGGGCGGGGUGUCCCAGGACAGAGAGAGGAAACCCCAGCAUCCAGACUCAGUUUUUUUGAGGGGGAAGCUAUUUGCACACUUGGGACCAUUUCUACAGCCUUUUUUUUAUCAGUCCUUUGACCUCCAGAGGCCACAACGCCUGGGCCCCUCCACCUUCGAGCUACUGACCGGACCAGGCCCAGCGACAGAGCCGCCACAGCCCACCCAGUUCCCCAAGCCCUGGCCUCUUCCAGGCACCAAGAGGGGCUCCACGGGACCCUCAGGUCAGGGCCCGAGAGAAACAGCCUUCAUCUCUUCUCCGCUUCCGCUCUCCCUUUGCAAGUCCCUCGGCCCAUCCUCCAGGCCCCACGGCAGCGGCGACAUCGGACACCCUCACUGUGCUCCCUGGGGAACCCCCACAAGACGCCGAGUCUCUACAGGCAAUAAGGGGCAGCUUGCCAGGCAGCCAAGCCGGUGUGGUACUACGCUGUUCACCCAGGAAACAGAGUUUCUUUUUUUCCUUUAAAAACAAACAAACAAAAAAAUAUAUAUAUAUAUAUUUAUUUUUUCAUGUAGAGUUGCGCCAGAACAAGUCUGUAUGGCCACAAUCUGUGGAUUCCCCCAACCUCAAGCUGAGGAUCCAGGCGUGUCCCUCGUGGGCCAGGCUCAGCAGGGGGAACUCAGAGGGUCAGAGGCAGGGGGAGCGGGCAGGAGGCCUAGCUCAGAGCAGCACACUCCAGCGGGGGCCAGCACCGGUGGCCCAGCCCUGUCCAGAGACCCCGCCACCACCUUUUCUCUGGGGCCAGAAGCCUCAGGGAAGGAGGCUCUGGGGAGCCCACAGGACGAGGGCAUCUGGGGAACCAGAGGAACGGACACCUGCCUGCCUCCUCCCUGCGACCAACCUCCGGCCCCUCGGCAGCCCUGUGAUCCCGGAGAAGGGCCCUCGGCUCUGCCUUCUGCUCUCCCUCACCUGUGGUGUGAGAUGGGGGCUGCGGGGGGGCCCUGCCGAGUCCUCAGCCCUGGCCAACUACUGUGAUGUCUCCGCCCCUCUCCGGAUCCCUUUUUAGAAGGGUUCUCCAGGACCACGCCCCCACCCCCCUUCCUCAGCCCCGAACCCCUGCCUGCCCCUCCUUCAUCCCCCCCCCUUUUUAAGUUGUCUCCUCAUAUCUUCAGAUCAUUCAAAUCAUUUUGGGGACCUAAUCAUGUACGUUGACGAGUGUAAAUUAUGAUUUUUUUGGUUUUGUUUUCUGUUAUUUUUUAAGGAUUUCUGCAAAGCAAAUCUAUUUAAUUUGAGUUGGGUGUUCUAUCUCAUGGUUAAUGACAGAGCAGGGGUUUUUUUUCUUUCACAUGUUGAUUUGUUUCCUUUGGAUUUUUUUAUUCCUUAUUGUCUCCCCCCACUCACCCACCCCACCCAUCCCUGUCUUGAGAUUUUCUGGCAUGUUUCUGAAGGUUUCAAAGGAAAUAAAUGUUUCAUAGAA